CAAGUCGGUGAGGCCCUCUUCGACUCGUCGUCGUCGACCUCGAGCCGACUACUUACUCUCCCCAUCCUCGCCAUCUCGCCUCCCCGUGUCGCCUCUCGAGUCUCGCUUUUUUCUUGUUUCCCGUCCAUCUCUCGACACCCGUCUCUCCCGACGACAGCGCCAGACAUCAAUCAACCGCCGCCACCGCCACUGCCAUCAUCCAUCCUCACUAUCGUCGCCCCCCUUAUCACUGACCCUCAGCGAUGUCGGUCCCCGGCCCAGCAGCACCACCACCCGGUGGUGGCAGCACCAGCAGCAUGCCCAGCCCCACCACGCCCGCGUCCACCAGUAACCAACAUCAGGGCGGCGGCAGACACGAUGAAUCCUGGAUCGAAGUCUCGUCGCACCCUUCGUCGUCGUCCGUCUCCUCCAUCGGCGACGAGAUCGUUACCACCGGUCUUCAAGUGCGCAACUCGUACGCCGCUCGACGCAAACGGCUGCAUCCCCGGUAUUACACACACCUCACGUCGCCCCAGCAGCAACGCCAACAGCAACUGCUGCAAGAGCAAGAGCAGCAGCAGCAACAGCAGCCUCGGACUAUCGGGAAUAGCGGCAUUCGCGGAAACUCCAGCAGCCAGGACGAGUAUGACGAGUCCGAUAGCGAGGAAGACAGGGUGCUGACCAGCUCAAGCGAGAACAUCACAAACACGUCCCGCCCGCUCACGCAAGGCAUCGUUGCUCAGUCCGGCGACGCCAUCUCGUCGAGUGAUGACGAUGACGACGAUGAUCAUGCAACUACCUUGGGAAGCCGGCCUUCUGAGCCGUUCCGCCCUCAGCCCAAUGCCUUCUCUCACCCCCCCUCGCACCUCACUCACCGGCACUCCACUUCCGCCAUUCCACCUCACCAUCCUCGCCCAUCCUUCUCCCAGCGAUCGCAGACCCGCGCCGACCAGGGUGCGUCAAACUUCAUGUCGCCAAGCCACCAGGAGGACAACGACGCUGCUCUCCGCGCCAGCUUGACCACCCUUCUGAGCGUGGCCGCGGCGGCUCGUGGCCGAACUAAGGACAACGAGAAACAGUUCGGCGAUCGUGCUAAUCCUGCGACUGGGAAUCAACCAGUCGAGCUCCGUCUGAUUCCGGAAAGUGAACUGCUGGCUACCCCCCACAAUGCCACGCCAGUAAGCCAGGAAUCGCAGCAGGUCCACAGGCCAAGCCCACAGCCGUCCACGGCAUCCCGAAGCUCUGGAGAGAAGGUGAAGCGGUCGACCACCCCGUCAGGCAAAUCACCCCGCGCCACCAAGAAGAAGAAGACGAUGGCUUCCACGGACGAGGCGUACAUCAGCCCUACCAUGAUGACCUGGGUAGUUGGCGCCAGUGUCAUUGUGCUCGUCUCUGUGGUGGGCUUCGGCGCUGGUUACGUCAUCGGCAGGGAGGUGGGCCGCCAGGAGACCCUCAGCAGUCUCAGUGCUGGUAAUGCGUCUGCUAUGGCGGAGGGAGGCAGUUGCAGCCGUGAAGUUCUCCGCAACAGCGGUGGCUCUCUCAAGCGUCUCCGAUGGGGCGCUACUGUCGGCCGGAGCGUGGCAGUCUGAAGCUGCACAUUCCCGACAUACGAUAACAAUCAAGCCUGUCACAGGCUCUAACGCGGCGAUCUCGACCCUGGCCUGCCUGUGGUCCAGAGAGCGCAUGGAUAAUUUUCUUCGAGGUUCGAACGACAACUCUGUGCUGGCCACAGCACAUGGUCAGCUUUU